CCUCCCCCUCCUCUCCAGGAUUCCUCCACGCCGCCGCGAUUUGUGGUCGGCCCCUUAACUAGCGGCAACGAUACACACACAAUCAAUCCGUCCGCCGCCGCCUCCUCCUCCUCUCCCCCUCCUGCCUCGCCAUGGCCACCGCGGAGCGAGCCCCGGAGCAGCUCGCUCCGCCGCCGCCGCCUCCCGAGCGCGUCAUGGGGGUCGCGGAGCGGGCCGUCGCGGCUGCCGGCGCCGCCGUCGUCUCCGCCGUCCUCGUCAAUCCCCUCGACGUCGCCAAGACAAGACUACAGGCACAGGCCGCUGGAGUUGUCUACAAUCCGAUAUGGUCAGAUUUUAGGUGCUAUCCAUGGUGUAACCCUGGUGGACUGAAGUUGAGUGGUUUAGGGCCAUCCUGCAGUCCUGAAUGCUUUCAGUACAGAGGAACAAUGGAUGUGUUCUCUAAGAUCACUAGACAGGAAGGAAUUUUUAGACUCUGGAGAGGUACUGGUGCAAGCUUAGCGUUAGCUGUACCAACGGUUGGGAUAUAUCUGCCUUCUUACGACCUGUUGCGCAAUUGGAUUGAGGAAUAUUCAGAUCACAGUUAUCCCAAACUUAGGCCAUAUGCCCCUCUAAUUGCUGGAUCUAUUGCACGAUCAUUGGCAUGUAUAACUUGUUCCCCUAUUGAGUUGGCAAGAACACGUAUGCAGGCGUUCAAGCAAUCAAGUGGUGGAGCAAAACCCCCUGGAAUGUGGAAGACUAUGCUAGGCGUGCUUUCAUCGAGGCAAAGCAUCAGCCACCCUGAGAAUUUGCAAACAGCUCGGGGAUACCAUCUUCUGUGGACUGGUAUGGGAGCACAACUUGCACGUGAUGUCCCCUUUUCAGCUAUAUGUUGGAUGGUUCUUGAGCCAACUAGGAGACACUUAUUGGGAUUAUUAGCUGGUGAGCAAAGCAAUGCCGCAGUUAUAAUGGGGGCAAACUUCUCCACAGGCUUCAUUGCUGGAGUUAUCUCUUCUGGCGCAACAUGUCCUCUCGAUGUUGCCAAGACACGCAGACAAAUAGAGAAGGAUCCUGCUAGGGUAUUGAGCAUGAACACGAGGCGCAUACUUCUUGAGGUUUGGAGGAAUGAAGGUAUCAACGGCCUAUUCAGAGGAGCGGGCCCUCGCAUGGCACGGGCUGGGCCUUCGGUGGGCAUUGUUGUUUCGUCGUAUGAAGUUGUCAAACACAUCAUGCACAGAAAACAUGCAGAGCUAUGAGCUUAGAUUUAGUCGUAUGUAGAACACACGAGCCUUCGGAUCAAACCAACAGCGGACCUCCUUCUGAUCAAACGUGACUUCACUCUCCUGAAAGCCGGUUUACAUUGCAUGCCUACCUUAUCAGAAGGGGGGUUUGAGUGUCUGUAAUAAUAAAGGGUAGAAUGCCCAAAAUGUUGUAAUUUCUCGUUGCAAGAAGUUUUGGGUCAGUACUGUGUAUUUGUGA